GUAUUUCUUUGGUUUGCCGUGUCGGGGGCCCAGUCAGGCUGGAUACACGUGGCAAUAAAGGGACUGUCGUAGUUGAGCACGUUGAUUAUUAGACACGUGUCGAGUUGUAUAUGAACAAAGUAGCCUACGUCUACGCCACUUGAUGCCCUUUUCCACGUGGCGUGGUGGGUGGUCGUCUAUCUUUUCCUAUAAAAAAUCAUAAAUCAAUAUUAAAAUGUUUUCAAGAAGAUAAUCCGAAUAAUUCCCUAUAUUUUGUGUCUGUCAACGAGAAAUCACUAUCUAUUUUCAUUGAUUAUACUAAUGCAAAUUGGUAUAUUAACUGGAAAUUAUGUCUAUUUUAAGCCAACUUGUGUGAAAAUAUACUAAAGUAAAGUUUUAAAAUCCGUACUACAUCGUCAACUAUGCUUGUAAUAUAAUUCAAAAACAUGAUUUUCUUUUUUUUUCCCUGAAAAAUAUAAAAUAUGCAAAUUGAAGUACUAUAGUUUAUAAUAGUAAGCAUUUGGUGCUUGUUUUAAGACAAAAUUGUUUCGUCUCUCUCAAGAUUGAAAAUAGAAAGUUAAGCCAAAAACGUUUCUCCCUUCUCUUUCGAAUUUCUCUGACUUUGAUAUUUGGUUAUGGAGAUGAUAAGAGGCAGGGGAAUCCCAAACGGCGUCGUUCAAGUACCCAAUCUUUCUGCUAAUAAUCUCUUGCAGAAGUUUUUCAUCGCAAGCAACCAUUUUUGUCAGCGAGACUCUGAGCAUGGUGAGAAUCAACAAGAAGCGAAGAAGAGAGAAGAUGAAGCAGAAGAGGAUGAGAAAGACGUGGAGCUAACGUUAGGUCUUUCGCUUAAUGGACAGUUUGGUACGGAUCCGAGAUCGAGAAAAAGGAGGCACUUUGAACUGGGUCGAUCUUCUUCGAUACCGGAAGGUUUCGUCUUCGAUGAACAAAGAUCCGGCGGCGGUAACGGCGGAGAUAUGCGUCGUAUUGUGGGCCGUGGAGGCUCAGACAUGUUUCAGCUGGAUCGGACGCGUUCUCUGCCGGUCGUAACGGAGAUGGAUAUAGAGAAAGAGCGGAAGGUGUCAGAGAAGACGAGGGCAUUUAUGGAAUCUCCGGUUACAAACAGAGGAGCAUAUCUAACAAAAGAUAAAAACAGAGGCCAAGCCGUCGAAACAGAGAAGCCGAGGGCAUUUCUGGAAUUUAAGAUUCCUCCGACCAAGGAGGGAAAGAAAGAAAAAGAUCGGUUGGUUGUCACUGGUCCGGUCAACGGGAAGGGUAAAAAUGGAAAUACGGCGAAGAAGCAGAAGAAUAAUGUGGAAAAUUCAGGAAUGGAGAAGGCGAGGAACAUUCUUGAAGACAUGCCUUGUGUGUCGACGAGAGAUGUCGGAGCCGACGGGAAACGAGUGGAAGGGUUUCUUUACUGGUACGGAGGGAACAAGGAGGAGGUCAAGAUAGUUUGUGUUUGCCACGGCAGUUUUCUUUCUCCGGCGGAAUUUGUUAGGCACGGCGGAGGUACCGUCAGCGAUGAUGAUGGUGGUGAUGUUAUGAUUAACCCUCUUAGACAUAUUGUUGUUAAACUUCCUUCUUCUUCUAUCUAGGGAUUAUUAUUUAUCCCCAACUAUUAUUAGAGCUCUCAUUUUUUGUUUUCCCUAACUUUCAAAAUGUAACGAUGUCAAACUAAUUUGACCGACUAAACUAGCUGAAGCAUGUACAUUUUAUAUCCAAAGUUAUUACAGAUCCACUUGAUUUGAUUUUGGUUAAGAAUGUUGAAUCAAUCUUAGCUAAACGGAUGUUUUAUUUUUUAACGUUAGAAAUUAAAGAUUCAUUGAUAUCGAAGGG